AGGAGAGAGGGAGUAGUGAGUUGGGGAGUGGAGGAGGGUUGGAGAGAGAGUAGCUGGUAGGGGAUGGAUCGCAGCAGGAGAGUGCAGGUGGGUGGGCAGUGUAGGAAUAUAUGUAGGUUGUAGUAAGAGUGUGGGUUGGAGAGGCAGGGAGGCAGGAAUUGGGAGUAGGCGGAGGGUGGUGUGUUGUGGGGUUGCGGAGGAAGAGUGGUUGGGGAGAGGUGAAAGGUGGGGAAGGGCCGUUGCAGAAGUUUAGAGGUGAGCCAGUGAGAUGAGGGUGGGAAAGGGAAGUUCUGGGGGGACAGGCAGAUGAGGAAGGGGACAAGUGGAGAAGGACAUGACAGGGACACAACAUCUGGAGCAGGUGCUUGGGGUGGGGACAGAGUGAACAAGGAGCAAGAAGACUUAAAAGAAGUUUGCAUCAUGGAUGAGCCUCUUGGUCAGAUCAGCAAAAGUCAAUGCUGUGAACUGAAGGAACUAACACAGAAAAGUGAAUCGAUGGAUGCUGGAAGCGCAUGCACUUCAUGGUUUGAAAAUGGGUCUUUUCAGGCUUUGGAUGUUAAAAUAUCCCAAGGAGUUUAUCCUGAACUUCCAGAUGGAUGGAAAAGAGUAGUGAAAGAAAGACGGACUGGAAAGACAGCAGGAAAAUCUGACAUUUACCUUAUAAGUCCAGAAGGAAAACGAUUCCGAUCUUCAAAGGAGCUAGAAAAUUACUUCUGGAGGAACAUUGGAGAAGAAGGUUUGAAGGCCAAAGAUUUUAAUUUCACCCUUUAUUGGCGAAGCUGUGUUCAGCAAAAGAAUGGGCCCACUAAGCAGGCAACACCCCUUCAGAAAAGCACUUCACAAGAUAUCAGAACAUUGGCCAAUAACAUUCCACAGACUUCAUCACUUCUGUCUCAAAAUACUGAGGAAGGGGAGGGAUCUGAAACUGAGGCUUCCCGCCCUUUGGUCCAAAGACAUCAGGUGGAAGUUAAAAACACCUCAAAACAGAAAUGUGAAAUGGGUACAAAACUGCAAGACUUGAUCAGACUGAGAAGGAGUUCUAGGAGAGGAUCAUCUGCAGGAGUGGAACAGAAAAAGUGUCCAUCAGCUGAAGAAAAGGAGGCUAAAGGACAAAAAACAAAUCCAAAAGGUGAGAGGAGAAAGUCCUGUCAGCAAGCAUUGGACAGCAAAAUGCUGCUUCCAAAUCAACAUCCAUUUGAAACCAAGGACACACUGGAAUUGCAAGCAGACGAAACUGAUGAACGCACCUCUGAUGUUCCCAAGUUUAAUUUCCAUUCACAGAUGAAUGAGGAGAUUGAUGUGGAUAUCAGCAUGUUACCUGGCAUGAGCCUUUCACAAACAUGUCACUCAGAUUCAGACUUGGAGAGAACCACAAGGAUUUCUGAUGAGGAUGGGCUUACAUCGCUGAAAACACAAGUGAAUUGGCCUUCUCCAAAGAGGAAGGUAGAGCAGAGGAAGACCAGUCCAUACUUCUCUGGGAAGUAUGCCAAAGGAGCAUCCAGUCCUCCGCGGCGCAAAGCUUUUGUCAAGUGGACUCCUCCUCGAUCGCCUUUUAAACUUAUCCAGGAGACACUCUUUCAUGAUCCUUGGAAGCUUCUUGUUGCAACCAUUUUUCUUAACAGAACCUCUGGUAAGUUAGCUGUUCCUGCCCUGUACUUCCUAGAGAAAUACCCUUCUGCUGAAGUAGCCCGAGCAGCUGACUGGAAGGAAAUGGCAGCACUGCUGAAGCCACUUGGCCUAAAUGAGCUGAGAGCAAAGGCUAUCAUUAAGUUUUCUGAUCAGUUCCUUACCAAACAGUGGAGGUACCCAAUUGAACUGCAUGGAAUUGGAAAGUAUGGAAAUGAUUCUUACAGGAUUUUUUGUGUCAAAGAAUGGAAGGAGGUACAACCUCGAGAUCACAAACUCAACAAAUACUGGAAGUGGCUUUGGGACAACCAAGAAAUGCUGGGCCUUUCCUAAAGAGACGUUCCUCUGGUGAUACAGUGGAUCCACAUGCGGUGUGCUGAAAUGUGUGCUGUUCUGAGAACUCCAAAGUGAAGUAUGAUCUGUGGUGCAGCCUGGAUGUGAAACAAAUCUCACCACUCUUGUAUUCCUUUAACGCCACAUUGGAAAAGGAAAGGCAGUACUUCACUCCCCCUGAUGGUACAUAAAGGUAUUGCAGGAAGUAGUGCACAGUCUUGACAUGUUACUUCACUUGCAGUUUUAACUGUGCUGAGUUAGAAAACUUUUGAAAUGUGCUACAAUUAGCCCCAGUGACCCUUAGGUUAGGAUUGAUUUGUUUCUGAUGGGCUUUGGACCCUAUAAGAAAAUCAGCAUUGUGAGGUUGUAUAAUUGACCUAAUAUUAAAUAAGAACUAUAUUAGCAAAAGGCUACAUGAGGUCACAGGAAAUCACCAUUUCCUCAAUCAAGUUUGCUAUCACGAUAACAUCCCUAAAGUAUGACGUCUAUCGACUUUGGCUUUGAAUGGAUAACUAAAUAUCCAGAUUUGGCAAUACCUCUUGGAAUCUUGCAAAUUUCAGUGAAAUUACAUCUCAUCCUUUGACACGCCAUCUCUCCUCAUGGAACAUUUCCCUUGUCCCUGAAAACAACCCAGUGAAUCAACACUGCACCAACCCAAAGCUUGCAAGUGCCUUUCUUAUGUACAGGGAUCAAAGCUGCACACAGUUCUCGAGAAUUGAAAACAGUAAAUGCAGGGGAUACACAGCAGGUAUCUGUGGGAUAACAACAGUUCUGAUGAGGGGUCAUCAGUUGAUGACCCCUCAUCAGAACUGGGAAACAUUAGAAAUCAAAUAUGGUUUAAAUUGCAGAGGAAGAAAUGGCAGGGGUAACAAAGGCAUGUUGACCUUUGGGUAGAGACCAAGAGGGGUUAAGUGAGUGUAGUGGUACUGUGGAGAGAGCAUGGUGAAGACUUGUUAAUCACUGGUGACCUGAUUGAAGACAACAAAUGAAAAUUAAGCUGGGAGGGAUAGAGAAAGGAAAGUAAUGCUGGAACUGUAAGAUACCAACUGGAGAAACAAAAUACUGCAGUUUAAUAAUGAACAAUUGCACCUUUUUUUUAAUGGUUUAAAGAACAAAUAUUGUGCAGAACAUUUUAGGGAAAUAUUAAAUUGGGCACAUACAUUCAGCAGGGUACCGGGUUGUACAUAGAAGCAAAGGCUCAGUGUACACUCUCAGUAUAAUUUAUCCACUUUCCACAAGUGAGGAAAUGUUUCAGUGGGAGCCAUUCAUCUGACAUCAUCUUCAUCCCAACCAAUUUUAUAGCUUUCUAGUGAAUAUGAACUGUUAACUGAAUAAGACAAUGAAAGCAAAUACCCUGUGAAUGUUUGGCUUUUUGACACCAGAGAUAAAAGACCACGAGAAGGCCGACUUUCUUGCAAUCUGUAGUGUUACCGUUUUUCAGUAAUGGUAAAGCUCUUUCCCUCUUGUGUGGCUGAAUUAAGUGUUCUUUUGGCAAAUUUAGUGAAUUCCAGGAUCAUAAUGGUACAGUGUGGUGGGGUUCGACCUGCUGGCAUACUCUUCCACCUGAAUACUUCUCACUCUUGUUCAUUUAAUAUUACAGAAUUCCAGUCACACAAUAACUACACAUUUGUCAUGGAAUUUUUAUGACAAGGAAAGUCUGAAGCCUGAGAUUUUUUACAGUAACUUUGUGUUUCCAAAGGAUAGUGAUGAAUUGGGGUUUGAAACUGUGUAAUUGUGCCUAUGCUGAAUUUGUCAUUAUGUGGAAUAGAAAUGUGUUUUCUUUUUAGAUUUUAUAUUUGUUGAAUAAAAGGUAAAGAACAGGCAAUUUGUUAAUUAAUUUGUUAAUUGUUAACAUUGUUCCUCAAGGGUCUAAACAGGGUGGAUUUGGAGAACACGUUUUCUCUUGUCGGAGAAUCUACAAUCGGGGGCACUGCUUAAAAACAAGGAAGCAGUGCCUUUGAAUAUUUUUAACACAAUGGUUAUUCCUUCAUAAACUGGGGGCAGAGGUUGAAAGGUAGCCAGAGGUAGACAGGAACAUGGAACUUGGGUUACAAUCUAACAGGCUUUACCAUUUGAUAAGAUCAUGGCCUACUUGAGGAGUUGAAUGGCCUUUUCCUGUUCCCAGUUUGUAUGUUUUUGUAAUAAUUUCAUUGUAAUGUAAGGGAGCAGACUUGAAUGUAAUCAUACUCUCUUACUUCCCUGGAUGGGCAGGCAUGGUAGUGUAACGGUUAGCGUAACACUACUACAGUGCCAAUGACCUGGGUUCAAUUCCAGCCACCAUCUGUAAGGAGUUUGUACGUUCUCCCUGUGAUUGUGUGGGUUUCCUCCAGGUGCUCUGACUUCCUCCCACAUUCCAAAGAUGUACGGGUUAGGAAGUUGUGGGUACGCUA